CUUUCCUUUCAUCGAUUGUUAAUAACCUGAGAUCUUCUUUGUUUCGCACACAGCAUCUUCUACAAUCCACGCGCCACUCUACAUAGCAAUGGCAUCCACCGCAAAGUAUCAGGCAGCCCCAACGCGCGACUCGUUCGAGGAGCAGGGCUACAGCCAACCGCCUCCAUCAUACCAGGCAGAAACCUCCGCUGUGCCUGGAGUCCCUCGCGACGAAGACGACAACGUCCCCGACGAUUUCAAGUUCGGUGGCUCGGUAUCGGAAGCGACUCUCGACAUCCGAAUGCAAUUCGUCCGCAAGGUCUACUCCAUUCUGACCGUCCAACUCCUGGCGACCGCCGCUCUCUCUUCCGUCUCCUUCUUCAGCCCCGGAUACAAAGCAUGGAUUCAGACCAACCAGUGGAUGAUGUGGGUCUCGCUCUUCGGCGCAAUCGGCUUCAUGCUCUUGACCUUCUGGAAGCGCAAGUCGUACCCCACCAACCUUCUGUUCCUUGCUGGGUUUACUGCUAUGGAAGCAUACUCGAUCAGUGUUGUCACAUCCUUCUUCGAAAGCAAGAUCGUGUUAGAGGCGCUUAUCUUUACUCUCGGAAUCUUUGUCGCCCUCACGCUGUUCGCCUGCCAAACCAAAUAUGACUUUACCAGCUGGAUUCCUUAUCUCGCAGGAGCUCUCUGGGUCGUUAUUAUUUUCGGAUUUAUGGCAGCCUUCUUCCCCCACACAAGCACUAUCGAGCUGGGCUACGGCAUUGUCUGCGCCCUCAUCUUCAGCGGCUACAUUUUGGUUGAUACUCAGCUCAUCAUGAGACACUACCACGUCGAGGAGGAGAUUGCAGCCUCGAUCUCGCUUUACCUUGACAUCAUUAACUUGUUCUUGGCUAUCCUCAGAAUUCUGAACAGCCAGCAGAACAACUAGAGUCAGAUCGAUAAGCGACUGGAAAAGAUCGACAUGAUGUAUUAAUUGACGACUAUGGAGUUUUGGGUGGGAUUCGGGAUUUCGCUAGGGAAGUACGGAGUAGCACCUGUAGUUUGCACAGACACAAUGGACACAUGGGUUUCAUAUCAUACGGCGGAAGUUUUGGGUU